UUUGGUCAGAUCACUGGCAUACGGAAUACUUCCGUUUGGGGGUGGUGUGUGUUCCUGGUUGAACUUUUUACUUACAUCCUUCUCUCUUUCCUGUUUCAUUUUCAGACGGAUUUUGAUGUUGAUCACUUUGUAUCAGACUGCAGGAAACGUGUGCAAUUGGAAGAGCUCAGAGAGGAUCUGGAGCUCUAUUACAAACUCCUUAAAACUGCCAUGGUAGAACUCAUAAAUAAGGACUAUGCAGAUUUUGUUAAUCUCUCAACAAAUCUAGUUGGCAUGGACAAGGCCCUUAAUCAGCUUUCAGUACCCUUGGGACAGUUAAGGGAAGAAGUUAUGAGUCUUAAGUCAUGUGUCAGUGAAGGAAUUCAAGCAGUAGAUGACCGAAUGACUAAACAGGAAGAUAUUAGAAGAAAAAAGAUGUGUGUCCUGAGACUUAUUCAUGUUAUUCAGUCUGUUGAGAAAAUUGAGAAGAUUCUACAUUCCCAAGGCACUAAAGAAUUAUCCUCAUUAGAGGGAAACAGCCCACUAUUAACUGGACAGGUUUUAGAGAGAAUUGCCACAGAAUUUAAUCAACUACAAUUUCAUGCAGUACAAAGCAAAGGAAUGCCUCUUUUGGACAAAGUGAGACCACGUAUAGCUGGAAUAACAGCUAUGUUGCAGCAGUCUCUGGAGGGGCUGCUCUUGGAAGGCCUUCAGACUUCAAAUGUUGACAUAAUACGUCACUGUCUUCGCACUUAUGCAACAAUUGACAAAACACGAGAUGCAGAGGCAUUAGUUGGUCAAGUGCUUGUAAAACCUUAUAUAGAUGAGGUAAUCGUGGAACAGUACGUUCAGUCUCAUCCUAAUGGCCUUCAGGCUAUGUACAAUAAACUAUUGGACUUUGUUCCUCAUCAUUGCCGUCUCUUGCGUGAAGUAACAGGGGGAGCUAUUUCGAGUGAAAAAGCAGAUAUUGUUCCUGGAUAUGAUUUCUUAGUGAAUUCAGUGUGGCCAGAAAUAGUACACGGUUUAGAAGAGAAAUUGCCAUCAUUGUUUAACCCUGGAAACCCAGAUGUGUUUCAUGAGAAGUACACUACUAGUAUGGAUUUUGUACGGAAAUUUGAACGACAGUGUGGCUCCCAGGCCAGCGUGAAACGGUUAAGAUCUCAUCCCUCCUACCACAGCUUUAACAAUAAGUGGAAUUUGCCUGUAUAUUUUCAAAUAAG